CACAUGCAAGCUCCAUGUUCUUAUAAAAGUCUUCUUCAAAUACCCGAUUCUGUUUCAGAAAUCAAACUUUAUUCAUGGUCCAAAGUCCUGUUUGAUGUGAAACGGCAGCAGCACAGACUCAUUUCCUGUUUUUAUCUAUUUGUUGUAACGAAUGGUCAUCAGUAGAAAAGAUUGGUGUCAGGUGAUUGAGAUUACCAGCAUGGAGGAAAAUGUAGUUAGUUAAGAGGAUCUUGCUGUUUUUGAUCUCAUUUUCAUCCCCAGUGGGUAGACUCAUGCUGCGUUCAAAAGCCUUCCUGUGUUCAUCUGAGAACACAAGCUAACACCUGGAUGGAGGGGAAAUAUUAUGGUUUGUUUUAUAGGAGUAGCAAAAUGUAUUUCAGCCCAAAACUGAAAUGGUCCUCUCCGAUUCCUCGUUGAAACUGAAAUGAAAUUUCUCAGAUGGGCAUUGCCAGGUUAAUGUGUUAACAUGCACCUGUAUGCUCCAGAAAGGAAAGCUUUAUAAGAAGACAUCCAACUUUUAAAUUUACAAUCAGGACUGAUAAAUGAACCUAAAGGACACUUUGCUGGUAAACUGCACCUGUUACCAUUCAGACUAAAUAUUUCUGACAAAUUUGGGUUGGCUUUAACGGUUUCUGACUCAGAAAACUGUUCUGAGAUCAGAUCACUGGCUCUGCUCUGGAUUUGUUCUCUUCCCAUUAUUGUGAACUGACUCAACCUGUGGAGUUCCCCAGGGCUCAGUCUUGGGUCCUGUUCUGCUUCAGUUCUUCCCAUACGAUGGCACUAUCCAAUGUCCCUCCCCCCCUUUUAUGCUGCUGAUAUUCAGCUUUACUUGUCUUUUAAUCCUAAUGAGUUCAAUAAGACGUACGUUAUUUAACCCACAUCUUAAACAUCAGGAGGGCCAUAACCAUGAUUUUAGCUUCACUUGAAUCUCACACAACAAUCAAACAAGCCCUCCACUUCUUCUGUUUCACAGAAAAGCUGUGCAUAAGUAACCUGUGAGUCUUCUCUGAUUCCUCGUUGAACUUUAAUGCACACAUUAAAUCUGUUUCAUGCUCCUGUCGUUGGUCUAUAGAGGAGCAUUUCUAAUUGUCACGUGGUUUCGUGUUCUUCGUUAGACAAUUCAUGCUUUUGCGUCAUCACAUUUAACAAAACACCUUGUUCACUGGACUAGAUUAUUCAUCUCCCUGGAGCCAUACAGGAUGUUCCAUCGAGACUCCUAACACCAUCCAGGAAGUCUUCCUACUAGGGAUGCACCGAUCAGGUUUUUUGCUGCCGAUCACCGAUACCGAUAUCAAAGAAUGCUGAUCACUGAUACCGAUCACGUGGAUUGGCCAGAAAUUUUCUACAACAUUAUAAUGAGUGCUACAAACUACAUAAUCUGGGAAUAAAGGAAAUGUAACCUAAUCUAAAAUGGUCUGAUCGGUCUGCUUUGAUCUAUUUUGAAAACUCAGAUCAAAACCGAUAGGGGCGCUAUUGGCCGAUUGGGAUCAAAUGCCGAUCCAUCGGUGCAUCCCUACUUCCUACCCUGGCUUCCACAUGAGUUCAGGAUUUAUUUAAAAUUUACUUUUGUUUAUUUUUUGUUAGAUUUUGUCUUUUGUCAGUUUUAAUCUUUAAUAUUUCACCCUGUUAUUUUACUGUGCAGUAUUUUGUGACCAUGUCUGUAAAAGGUGCUUGAUAAAUAAAGGUUUACUACAACCUACAUUUUUCGUAAAGCUGCAGCAGCUUCUUGUGUGAUGAUGAAGUGGUCAGUCGGAACAUGUUCACCAUUUGUGCUCAAGAACCUAAUACCUUCAGAAUGAGUAAGCCUGAAGGCUUGCUCCUCUGUAGCGACGACAACCAGCAGCACGAAAAUAUCUCUGCAAUGCCAGGACGGCUACGUGCUUUUGGAAAUGUGUUAAGAAUAGACCUACAAUAGGGCAAGCUCCUGUCUUCUGUUGUCUGAGGACAAACUGUUGUCUGCAGGGAACAGAGGAAGAGGUGGGAUGUGGCAUUUGCUUGUUUUCCUUCAAACAAACUGAAGUGACUUUUGGUUGAUUGGAUUUGUACAAACUGGAUUUUAAACUCAUGUUCCAGAUCGGAGUUCACCUACAGGUUGUUGACUGAAGACAUUGUGACCCUUGACAGGAAGGGUGGAGAGAGGAGAAGUGGGUAGAUAUGGAGUAAGGCGUUACCUGAGGGGUGUCACCCUUUGGUAAACGACAGCAGGAUUUUGAAAGAAAGGCCUUGAACAAACCAAUAUGAAGGAACCAAGCAUCUCAGAGGUUCUCUUCAUCUCCGUCAGCCACUGCAUCACUUUGAUGGGAAAGGUGUGGCUCAUUGUGAUGAUCUUGCUCCGUCUCCUGGUCCUCCUCUUUGCCGGGUUUCCCCUCUACCAGGACGAGCAGGAGAGAUUUGUCUGCAACACCAUCCAGCCCGGCUGCUCCAACGUCUGCUACGACCUCUUCUCCCCCGUCUCGCUCUUUCGUUUCUGGCUGGUCCAGCUCAUCUCUUUGUGUCUCCCUUUCAUCAUCUUUGUUUUCUACGUGGUCCAUAAGGUGUCAAAUACCUUCUCAGUGGUUCUGAACUCUGCUGGACACACCAAAGCUUUCCCACUGCUCAAAGUCCAACAGGAGCCCUUCAACGAAAUGUGUGUGAGUAAAGUCCCUGUGGUUGUUGAGCAGCGAUGCUUCACGGGAGCCUACAUCCUUCACCUGCUGUUCAGAACGCUGCUGGAAGCUGGGUUUGGGGCGGCUCACUACUAUCUGUUUGGGUUCUACAUCCCCAGGAGGUUUCUCUGCCAGCAUCCUCCGUGCACCACCCAGGUGGACUGCUACAUCUCCAGACCCACCGAGAAGACUGUGAUGCUCAACUUCAUGUUCAUUAUGGCGGCUCUGUCACUUUCCCUCGAUGCUGCGGAUUUUGCUUGUGCCAUCAAGCGCUCAGUGAGACAGAAAGCCAGGAGGAAGAUGAUGAUGGAGACAUUAUUUGAGGAAGAGCAGUGUUUUCUUUCAUCCUCCACGGGCACAGCCCUUGUUCAGCGAGAUCUCAAGGCACAGUCUGGAAAAACUGGGAAUUUCAGGAAAAGGCGUGGAAGCUCUUGUGGAAGGGGGCAACUUCAUUCAGGCGAGCAUGCAGCUACACAGGAGUGCUGCUCUCCUCCAUGCUCUUCAGGGCCUCCGUGCUGCAACGAUGGGAAUAAUGAUUACUUCAUGUCCCAAGAGGAAGUUCUGGAGAGGAAUGGGAGUGAAGUGGCUCUGUGUCCCCAGGAUCCCAUUGGGACUCAAAGAUCCAUUCGAGUUAACAAGCGGAGCAGAGUUAAACCUCCUCCUCCUCCCAGACGGGACCUUGGUGCUCCCUCUGAGGAGCCCGCAGCACCGUGUGGAGACGUUCCUACAGCAGCAACAGCAGUUUGUACCCGGAGGUUAGGUCAGUACACGCUGGUCGAGCUGGGCGGUGCUGCCGAGUUGGGCAAUGAAAGUGGGCAGGAGAAACGAUCAGAGUGGGUGUAGGGAGACGGGCUGCAUCACUUCAUCGACAGGUUAUUUUUGGCUCAUAAUGAGGUGAAUAGAUGUAGACACUUGAGCCGUCUACCUCGUUUUAUUCAGCAGAAUGCUGUGUCUCUUGGUGGGGAUCCAAAAUAGAAACUCACUCACCAAACACUGUGGACUCCUGAAUCGUGAUCCUGUUGGCUGUCAUUCAGGAAGUGUUUGCUAGCUGAAGUCUGCCACCAACUCUUCCUCCUUAAAGUUAGGAAUGGCGUGGCAUUCAUAAACUGUGUUCUUGAGCAAGCCUCGUCAGAGACAAGAACGAAGAUGAUCAGCUCGCCUGGCUUUCCCCGUGUUGAUUUCCCCCCACAAACCAAGCACACAACCCCCACUAAAGUCCCUUAAUGCAAUGCUACCACAGCCCUGGUGAGCAAAGAUCGGUGGGGUCAAAGUGGACCGGCUCUGGGUCGGGGCCAAAGGCUCAGGCCAACAUCUAAAGCAGUUCUGU